AUGAUUUACAAGGGUUCUGCCAUUACCUUGGCCUUGGUGUCGGUUGUCGCUGCUGCACCGGCUGUCCGCCGUCAAGACGCCUGCCAGGAUGCUUACAAGCAGUGCAUCUCUGCCGGAACAGCAGAGGUCGCAUGCUCUUGCACCUUGACCAGCUGUUUGGGAGAAGACAGCGCUCGCAUCCGCGACUUCUGUGCAACCGCAACGGCAUCAUUGGCGCAGCCUACCAGCACCAGCAUCCCCGGUGGAUGCAACCCAGCCCACCCGGGAUCCUGUCCGUCGUCUUACUUCAGCACAUCGGCGACCACAACGACUUCAGCCGCCUUCACUUCCGUCUCCGGUAUUCCUGGUGGAUGUAACCCGGCUCAUCCUGGCUCGUGCCCAUCAUCCUACUUCAGCACAACUGCAACUUCGACAGCCGUUCCCACAUUCACCUCCAUUGCCGGUAUCCCCGGUGGAUGCAACCCGGCACACCCCGGCUCUUGCCCUUCAUCCUACUUCUCCACCACUGUUUCUGUCACACCUACCGUGGCUCCAACAGCUGCACCCUCGCAGGGCGCCACGACCUAUACCGACCCCACCCCCGUGAGUGGAAAGACCUGGACUGUCCAGGACCUGACCCGCUACUGCGGUGAGGGCAACACGGGCUGUGACUACAACUUUGCCAUCGUGGCUGACGGAAAGACUGAGCGUUGUACCGUCAUCCGCAUGCCUGGUUCCGAUGCUGCCACCGAGAGCUGGUCCAACCAGCCUUGCACGGAUGGGUCCAAGUUCACCGCCUCUUGGGGAUACAUCACCAACCCCGCCCCUUCCUUCGCUGUCCUUACCGUCGUUGAGGGCAAGGAACUGGCUUGGUUCGGUGUGGCUAAUGUCAACGAGCAGGAGGUUACUUCUUCCAACCCCUUCGGAUCCGGCCAGUACGGAAACAUCACCGAGCAGGUUUACACCUACUAA